AUCAAGCAAUCAACACAAAACAUAACCUAAAAUUUCCAUUCAAAAUUAUACAAUUCACUCGAUUUGGUUGCAAAUUUGCACAAUUUUAAUUAAUUUAAACGAAUACAAUGGCUCUUGUACCUACUGCAUCAGAUUCGAAAUCCGUUCUGUCGGACCAAGAAAACCGCUCUCAGCCGAGACAGCCCACCAAUUUACAAGGCCUGCUGAGAUUUUCCAUGGACGUUUGCAAAUCCGAAGAAGCCCCGCACGAAUUUCUCUACAAUAUGGACGAGGAAAAAAAGAAAUUCCUCGAAGGCGCCUUGAGCUCGAUGACAUUGAACGUGGUCGAAGUGUUGCAGAAACAAAUCAAAUUGCUGAGGGGCAUCGAAAGGAUGAAGGAUGACGAUUUGAGCGGUUAUUUGAACGCUCUGGAUAUCAUUUUGGAUUAUGUGGAUAAUCUGGAUACGGCCAACGAUUUCCACAAAAUCGGCGGUUUUCUGAUCCUGAAUCCCUGCCUGAGAUGCCGGGACGGGAAGAUCAGAGCGACCACGUGCGAAUUAAUCGGCGUUCUGAGCCAAAACAAUCCCUAUUGUCAGAACGUGAUGAUUCAGAACGGAUUCGUGACAACAUUGCUCGGCAUAAUCGAAAAGGAUUUGGACGUACAGGUCAUAGUAAAGGCCAUUUUGGCAUUAGGAGGAAUAAUCAGAGAAAACAAAGAAGGAAUUUCCGAUUUUCUCCAACACGAGGGACUCAGAACGUUGCACGAAAGUUUGAGGGUGAAGAACGACAAUGUGAUUAUUAAAAUUUGCUUUUUGUUAUCGUCUUUAUGUCGGAGUCGAGCCCAAUUGAAAGGUGAUAUGGUAAAAUUAGGAUACGUCGAUCAAUUGCUGAAACUUUUGGUCACAGAACGAUGUUCUUAUCACGAACACGUUCUGUCACUGUUGGUGACUCUGUUGGAAAAUAACAAGGAGGCCGUGAAAGAGUGCGAAAAAUUCAAUUAUAAUGUUAAAGAUGUUUUGCAAAGAUACAUGCAGGGUAUACGGAAUAAGGAUUGCUUGGAUGAAGAGGAAUAUUGCAGACAGAUUUUGCACAUGAUCAAUGCAGAACGAUGAAUAAUUUACAUUUUUUUUAUCUUAAUUUAAUUUUUGUUUAAAAGGU